GUGUCAUGGCGUCAUCACCGUGCGACCUCUUUCCCGGAGACAGGCGUCCACGGUACUGAGUUGGUCACAAUGGCAGGUGAAGAAAUGAAUGAAGACUAUCCCGUAGAAAUUCAUGAGUCUUUAACAGCCCUGGAGAGCUCCCUGGGUGCUGUGGAUGACAUGCUGAAGACCAUGAUGUCUGUUUCUAGAAACGAGUUGUUGCAGAAGUUGGACCCACUGGAACAAGCAAAGGUGGAUUUAGUUUCUGCAUACACCUUAAAUUCAAUGUUUUGGGUUUACUUGGCAACUCAGGGAGUUAAUCCCAAGGAGCAUCCAGUGAAGCAGGAGUUGGAAAGAAUCAGAGUCUACAUGAACAGAGUCAAAGAAAUAACAGACAAGAAGAAGGCUGCCAAGCUGGACAGAGGUGCUGCUUCGAGAUUUGUCAAAAACGCGCUCUGGGAACCCAAACCAAAAAACACACCAAAAGUGGCCAAUAAAGGGAAGAGUAAACACUGAUCUUUUGGUUUUGAUGUACGUGUUUUCAAAAAGUACAUCAUUUUUAUCAGUUUACAGUAUAGUUAUGUGACCAUGCAGUGUUUAAAUGGAUUCCUUUUUGAAUUCAUGUAUAAAUUUACACAUUAAAUUUGUGAUACUGAAUCUUUUUUUUUGCUGAGAAAGAUUAAGUUGUCUUUAUUGAUUUUCAUAUAAAGCAUCAUGAUGUUUUUAAUAUUGAAAGAUAUUCUAUAAGCAAUUGUGAAAUCCAAAUGUUCUUUCUAAACAUUUGUAGUGUUUUAAGUGAAUAAUGGUACUAUGAAGUGUGCUGUCUGUAGACUGGAGUGAUAAGGACAUCUGUUUUCAGCAAUGAUGAGAAAUGCAGUGACUUAAAUACUCACUCUGUUUUCUGUUCACUUAGUGCAACAUGUUUCUGUGAUUUUUUAAAAUUGAAACCUUAAGGCUGUACUGUAAUUCUUCAUGUUCCAUUUAAAAUAAAAUAAUUCUCAUUAACGCUGAUGGAAAAUAAGGUUGUAUGUCCUGGCUGGCUUUGGCUUGAUUCCCUUUUAAUAAAUAUUGUAGCUGUGUAGCUCACUGGCUUCUUGCUGUUCACUGCGUGAGUGAACAUGCCCUCCAGAUGAGCAGCGGUGAGCAGCUCCACAGUAGAGAAUGUUUAUGAGUCAUGGCCCUCUGUUCUCUUGGUCUUGCUCUUAGACUCUUUCUGACUAAGUAUUUCCUAAGCCAUGUGGAUGUUUUGAACCAUCUUCUUUAUUAAAUACUGCCCCUCAGGCAUGGGAGUAAUCAAAUUCUGUUUACAUUCUGAUUUAUAUUUCCAGAGUGUCUGUCUUGAUGAGUUCCACUUAUUAAACCUCUUAGUGUCGGAGCUCAUCUAACCGUGCUUCUCUAGGCCCACAUUGUCAUGUGUGGGAAUGCCAAGGAGAGCCAAGGGCUUUUUGGUUUUGAGAAUUAGAGUUGUUAAAAUUGUGAUUAAUUUUCCAUAACUAACUUUGAAUAUAUGAAUUUCCUGAUUAUCUAGCAGAUAUUGGAAGUGGUCUGAAAUUACAAUGGAGUUUGUAAGGCAUGCUGAAAUCUGUGAUUCAUAAAGAGUGAGUCAGUCAAUAGAUGCAGAAAGUCUCAGCUCUGAUAUCAGAUAGUUUGUGAAGUGAAAGCACUUGUGAGCAUUUGUAGUUAUUUCACUCGUAAUGUUUCAACGUAGCUUCAUUAGAGAAAGACGUGCUUUAUAAAGAUAACUGUAAAAUGCAUUUUAAUGUUAUUCACUGCAAAGAAACUUGUGUCUUGUAUUUCUCUUUUUAAAUUUCAUAAAGAAAAGAACUUUUAAAUUAAAAUUUUCACAAUUGCAGAAAAUCAUUAACCAAAGUAUUUGUUUUCGAAAGUUCAGCUUCAUGUCACACUAAAUUGUAUGUUCUUAACUCUUUCUUUUAGCAUGUAUUUGCAGAAAUAAAAGAUUUGUAGUUUA